UCCCUACUCCGCGCUGAAACGACACGAAACAAAACCUCUCCGGAUGAAGACGCUACUAGACAAUGUGUGGCCUGUGAAGAGAUCGUGAUUCUGAAAGUGAGGCAACGUAUUUAAUUAUUUCAAUUUAUUACAGCAAAUGGUGCUGUUAGUGUGACCACCAGCAUCGACUCGAGCUAAUUGGAUUAUAGAUCCCUGCCGAAAAUCGAGAAAAGCUUGAGAAAUCUUCAUGGCUUCCCGUAUGUUUAUUCGGAUCGAGUUCAAAAGACCGAAAUGCGCCAGGAUACUGAAUAGAACAAUCGCGUGCGCACUCAUCGUAUUCCUAGCGUGCCUCAUGCUCCUACCGACGACGCAUCGCAGGGCUUCCCUCGGCUAUCUCCGUGAAGCUGUAGCCACUGGGUCUCCUAAUAACGUGAAGCCUUCAACAGAUGGGCCCGCUUCUGUGCAGCCGAUGUCUGAGGAAUCCGCGCCAGUCGAGCCAAAUGCCUCUCGGUCAUUCUCCGUUCAGGUAACUUCGGCUAAGCCAGUACAAGUCGCGAACUCCUCUUAUGGCGCGAUUGCGGUGAAUGCCACGAGCACACCUGGCUGGAAAGUGCUAAAAGCCUGCGGUACGGCCCUUCGGGUCCUCUAUUACGUACACACCGCUCCGGACCAUUUCGACCGGCGUCGCCUGCUGCGGAGUACCAUAGGCAACCCCGCAGUCUCCGCGUUCCUCAACUCCUCCGUGGUAUUCUUCGUCGGCCAGACCACCGACGCGGAACUGAGCGCUGAGGUGCGUGCGGAGGCCGCGUGCGAAGGCGACGUGGUGCUGCUGGAACACGUGGACACCUACCGGAACCUGACCUACAAGUUCAUCGGCGCUACAAAGUGGCUCACUGCUAACGGCUGCCUCGGUCCGUCGACAGAUGUGGUCGUCAAACUAGACGACGACGUCAUUGUCAACGUGUUCCUUCUGGCGUCUUACGUAAAGCGCCAUUUGGCCGCCGGCACUCAUGGUUCCAGGAGAGUUCACUGCGCUACCAUGCCGGUCCUUAAGCCUAUCCGCGAAAAAAAAUUUAAAUGGUUCGUCACAAUGGAAGAGUACGCCAACGACACGUAUCCUCCUUACUGCUGCGGCGCAGCCUACCUUAUGAGGGCGUCUGUCCUGGCUUUAUUGGUCGAGGCGACUUCGAGCGUGCCGUUCUUUUGGGUGGACGACGUCUACGCCACAGGACUGCUGACGAGGGCAGCCAACGUGAGUCUGGUCAACAUACGGAAAAAAUACGUGAUCUUCACCUCGAAGAAUACGAGGGCGGUGAGCAACAGUACGCUGUUCUUGCACUGGGGUAUGACACCCAUGCUUUUCACCAGAACCUACCGGUUCUGGGCUAAUGUGUUGGGACAGACGCGGACAGAGUGAUCAUGCACAAUGGUGUGGCGAUGCAUGAGCGACGGGUGACGGUGUUGAUGACGUAACAAGUGAAAUUGAACAUGACUUUCGAAAUCAAUGUGCGGCGACCUAAUAACUGAACACCCUUAUGUGAAGCGAACCUGCGUGAAAUUAACUAGCAUCUUAGUUGACAGAAAUACCGAUAUUUCAAUCAGUUUAAAAAGAAAUACAGAGCCAGUUGAAUAAGCUUAAAAAGGUGCGACGAUCAAGAGGAGCGGAAGAAAUGCCAACGCAAUUUUUUUUUCGAACUGUGAGUUAGAGCCUUUAUGAUCUUUUAAUAUUCCAUUUAAUGUACUAUUGUAGCAGCGAUGUUUCGCCUUGAGUAGACAUUCUGUAGGUGUCGUCGCACAUGAUAAGUGGUACCUCCCAAACAAGUGCAUUAAAGGGACCAAUCCAAGUUUGUACUAUGACUAGGCCAGCGAAGUGGCAAAAUACGGCAGGCUGGGAAAUAAAUAAGGCUUUAGUAAUCUUUUCGGGCCUUCAUAUUUAGGAAUGUUUAAGCAGUAAGUAAACAAAAGCUGCACAUAAUAGAGGGCGAACGGCCUUGCCGAUGGAGCACAUUAUUGGCAACCAAUUUUGCCUAGCCAAAGCGCAGGCGCAGGUCCUCCCGCUCUAGUAGAACAAGAUGACGGAAUUUGAAAGCUCGUGAACCUGAAUAUAAGACAUGCAAAUUCUAAAACCUGGUGUGCAUGGAGUUUCAUAGGUCAUGAAAAUAUGGCGUCUACGCACCCACGGCUAACUGUUGCGUUGCUUACCUAGCCUGUCAUCUGCUCGUUCCACUCUUUAUUAUUUACGCGGUUAAUUUGCUUAAGCCAGCUGGGGGACUCGCCACAAUUCACACGCAGAUGCUUGACUGAGUUCACAUCACUUAUAUUCUGGUCACAGUAGCAAAACGAUGUGUUUACACGAGAACCAAGAGCAAAACUUUAAAUUGAGUACUUUCUAACUUUAAGCGAGAGGCGUAUGUUGCUUAACCUGUUUCAAUGACGUGCAGCUAUGCUAGAUUAUAGCGAGCGAUUUCCGACGUAGGGGGCGAAUGUCACAGUCUGGAGCGAAGAACGCGACAUUACCUGCGUAUGCAUAUGUGCGUAACUUACGAUGACAUUUAAUGGAACUCGGUAAGAUAUUGAAUAUUUAAGGUGACGUCGCAGCACCUCGAGUAUUGCCCAUAAGCUGGCAAUGUAUACUCGAAGGGGAGGCUCUUAAAUAACGGUCACGAGUCACGAGAGCAGCGACCUGUUUCCGACCCCGCGGUAAUGUUAUUGCGCUUUCUAGACCAAUGUGAGCAUGUCAGAUGGGACACUUAGGGCUGAAGUUGAUUUCUUUGAUAUCAAGAAUUUCUUGUCAUGCGCAGAUUUCGUAUGAUGGUUAUACAAAAGUAUUCCACUUAACUAGCAAUUGGUCGAAUAUUAUCAUCUGCACGUGCGUACUUCCACAUGACAUUUAAGAAUGUAAAAUAUUUUAGUAAUUUUUCGCGCGCAUGGAAUUUCACGAAAAUUUAGCCCACUGACCUAUCGUAGCUAAAAAGGUCAUCAGCAGACUUGUUAAAUAUAUAUUUUCACUAUAACAGAGAUUCCACCACCUGAACCUGGAGAUAAGCUAGCAGAUGUUUCAUAGCCACAGACAAUUCUAUAAAUUUCACAUACAUUACUUAUAAAUUUCAUUAAAAUAUGCCGACAGAAUUCCUAACAUGGAACGAAUUGACAAGAGAAAAAAAAUACCAG